CGUGACAAUAACCGUGCACACAAAAUAUCAAAACAUGGAAUAAGAUGGCUUCUCGCAGUGAAAAUCGCCGUUCUUCACGUCUUUUAAACAGAUGUCCAGGCGUUGCAAAUGCUUCGGACGAAGACUUGGAUGCUUUUCUGGAAGCCCUAGAGUCGGAAGAAGAAUUGCAGAACGUUUUGACAAAAAAGAAGCUGAGGCUGAGGAUGCCAAUGUGAUUCUAAGCCAGAAUGAAAUUUCCAGUCCUCUCUUUGCAAAUUACGAGUUCUUCUUGCAGAAUAUGAGAAGCCAAUGUGAUACUAACCCAGAAUGAAAUUCCCAGUCCUCUAGUUGCAAACUACGAGUUCUUCUUGCAGAAUAUGAAUGCCUUCUUCUCGAUCAUAAAGCACAUGACGGACAUCGAAGCACCAAGAAAGAGGAUUCUGCAGAAGCUUCAUGAUGUCGAGUACCGAACGUUCUCCUUCACACAGAUAAAAACCCAAGCAAAGGCCUGUCUAAGAGUCCUUCAGAAUCUUCAUUUGAUGGCAAAGGACCAAAGUGUCUUGUUAUCCACAAAGAGGUUCACUCGUCUUGUUCAGAACAUCGUGAAAUCCUGGGAUACAUUCUUCUACAGUAUUGCUGUUGUCGACAAGGGUCAAGGCAAAACUGACCUGACAAGCAACAUCAGACUCUUCUACCUGCUGACGAAAUUUGAUAUGGCAGAGUUCGCAAAAAACUUGGAUAAGCAGAAGAAGAGAAUGGAGUUAGCGCUUUCAAAAUCUCAGAUAAAUCUGAAUGUUGGUUCUUCAGAGGGAGACAGCUUUAAACUGAAAACCUUGAAAUUUGAAGAACUCUUAUUCAGUUCUAAUUCUGCCUAUGCUAAUGAAGAAGAACAUUUAUUGACUGUAGAAGGACUUCUUGAUGAUAGUUUCGAAUAUGUCCCUAAACAAACAAGUGACCCUAAGUACUAUCAUCCUAAGAAACGCAGCUCUUAUGUGACUGAUAAAGCCAUAUUAGAUAAAGAGCAAUGUGAUAAUGAUAGUUUUUUGAAAGAGCAAAAUGAGCCACGUACAGUUGUUCAAGUAGAUAUUGGAGAGAAUACAGCUGCUUUGAAUGGCACUGAUGGUGCUACAGUAGAAAUGCCACUCCAGGGCAACUGUACUUCUAGCAUGUCACUUGAUAGUUCUUUUAAGGACAUAGAUGUUUUUAGUGACUCUGAUAAGCCGUUGCUAACCAAGAAUCCUUUUUUGAGCUCUGCAACUAUUCUAGAAGGAGAUUCAAAUAGAUUUGAGAAUCCCUUUAAAAAAAGCUUCACAGUCAACGUAACUUCAAAGAGGGGAGUAAAAAGGAAACGGGACGAGCCGUUGUGUGACGUAACAAACGGACUAAGCUCGUUUCCAUGCCACAGGAGCGACUUGAGUUUUCUAAAAACUGCUUCUACGCUUAGUCCUGACGACAAUGUAGAUUGUUAUAACCAGAAUUUGAAGAAGGUUAAACUGAGUAGAGAAACAGAAAAUAUUAUCAUCGACCCAAAUGCAGUCAAAAAUAACUCUGUUGAGGAAAUUAGGUUUAAAGGUUUAAAAAAGCUAGGUAGACGAUUGCAAACAAUUAAAUCACGGUUUGUUAAAGGAUUAAGAGAGAGCAAACGAAGAAAUACAGUAUUCCCUAUUGAAAGGCAACUGCGAAAAGAUAGAUGAUAACAAAAUUAUAUUAAAAUGAUAUUAAUGAAAAUACGACUUAGUUGUGAUUUUUAGAAGAUUAAAUUGUUAACAUAGAUGUGAUAUCUACAAUACAAAAUUUGAGGCAUUGAAUAAUUCUGCUGUUAUUUCUUGUUGAGUCUCUGAUAGAAUUUUUAUGCACCUUAAGCUUGUUGGUGACAAUAAGCAAGGAUUUCAGAACUUUUUACAGAGGCAAAGCUAAAGAAUAUUUCUCAAGGGGGUGCAAAUCACCAGAUUUGAGGACAAAAACGUGUUCCUAAGGUGUGAUUGUUGACAUAGAUACAACAUGGCUAAUGUGCUACAGGUGAAAUCUUGAGCCAUUUGAGAACACACAGACAAUUUUUCAGGCACAAAUGUAGUACAAAAUGUGAAAGAACUUGUUUUUUGCCUUUAAUAUCUUCGAACUUAUCUUCAAAGUUUUAUACCUUGGAGCAGUAGAUAUUAUCUUAAAUCUAUAAAUUUGCUAAUGCACAGAAUGUUGCAGGUGCGGUACCCUCUGCACCCCCUUUGCUAUAUUUCUGGCUUCAUAUUGCAGCCUGUGAGUCUGUGUGUUCUCAAAUGUGAGUCCAUUAGAGCCUGUGAGUCUAAGAAGCCACUUAUGUGUUCAUAUACAUAUUUUAAGACAACUUAUGUUGACCUUCGGUAUUGACUACUUGGGAAACUGACCUUUCGAUUUUUAAACUGCCUAAGGUUGUGUGAAAAGCACUGGCAUGCCAUAGCAGAAGCAUGUCUUAGCCCCCCUCUCUGUUUGAAGAAGCAGGUGCUAUUUUUUUGCCUGUUGGUAAAUGUGAAAAUCUAUUCUCUUUUGUACAGUUAAGUAAAAGGCUGAGGAAGUGCAACUCGGUUUUCCUUCAAAAAUUCACUCCAUGUGAUGAAAAAUAUCAGAACUUAACCUGUCAGGCAACUAAAUUCCCUCUUCAUCUCAAUUUAAAAGUCAUUUGGCAUGCCAUUUCUCAAAAGAUUAAGCAUAAACCUUCCCACAUCUAAUAUGUGAUGUAGACACAAACAGCUAAUCCCCACAUGAUAUGCUAACCUCAAGGCUUGCCUCUUUUUUGCCUUUCCUCUUUUAUUUUUAAAUAUUUAAAUUGCCAGAUAUAAGCAAGCAAAGCUUGC